AUGAUUUACUUGGACACUACUUUCCUUACUGGUAGAUACAGGGGUACUUUGAUGGCUGCGACAUGUAUCAAUGGAAACAAUGGUUUUUACCCAUUUGAUUUUGCUAUUGUUUCUACUGAAAACAAAGAUGAUUGGUUUUGGCUUCUGGAGAAUCUUCAACAAGUUGUCGAUGGUCGUCAGAUUGUUUUCCUUAGUGAUCGUGUAGAAGGACUUUUGCAGGGCAUUCCAAAAUAUUUUCCUAAUUCACAUCACAACUAUUGCGUUUACCACAUCAAAUGCAAUCUCCCCAUUGGAUCAGGUGAUGCGAAUUCGAAGCCCGUUAUUGAUUUUUUUUACAAAGCUGCCUACUCUUACACACCGGCGAACUUUGAAGAAGCUUUGCGGGGAAUGAAUGCAAUUAGAUGUGGACAUGUUGCUAACUAUAUCAGGACUAUUCCAAAAGAGAAAUGGGCAGAUGCAUUUUUCCCUGUAUGCAGAUAUGGUGCUCACUCUUCAACUCUUGCCGAGUCCUUCAACAACUGGGUUCUUCCUUUCAAAAAGUUUCUUGCUUUUGCUCUUCUCGAUGCGAUACAUUUGAAGGUUAUGGAGAAGAUGUCUGAGAGAAGGAUAAAAGGUCUAGAAAAUUUCAACACUAGGCUCACUCCUGAAUAUGAGGCUUUACUAAAGGAAAACAUCGACAUUGGUCGUACUUGGACUGUUGUUCAGUCCAUGGAAAGAUUGUAUGAAGUCGGGUCUCCCCGGACUCAUUCUGUAGAUCUAUUGCAGAAAACUUGUACAUGUCACAGGUGGCGAGUUAAUGGUUUUCCUUGUGCACAUGCUUGUGCUGACAUUCAAGCUACGAGAGAAGACAUCUAUUCAUUUGUUGAGCCAUACGUCACCACCGAAUGGUACAACAGGACAUACCAGGAGAUCAUCUUUCCAAUCCCCAAUUAUGAAAAGCCGCAUGCUUAUGAUCCUAGUGAUAGGGUUAUUGUUCCUAUUCCUGUUCCUCCACCCGGUAGACGAAGAACACAGCGUAUCAAGAAUGCUUAUGAGAAGCAAAAGAGGCCUAUGAUGUGCACAAAGUGCUUCACCCUUGGUCACCAUAACAGAGCUACCUGCCCCAUGAUUUGA